AUGGCCAUUGUAUUGCCCUGUUGCCACGGCGUAUACCGCUUCGGAUGUAGCGAUUGUGCUGCUAAAAUAUGGCCUUCUAUGUACCCAUCUCGGUGGUUACCACUGCCUAACCCAGCAAAUCAUACAGUAAAGAAUAAUCUACGACCAGGCAUACAGCAGGAUACAGUACCCCUACGGAUUGUCAGACGUGGGUGCCUCAACUGGCUGGAAAGGUUACCUUAUGAGAUCAUCAAAAUGAUAUUAAUGAAACUAUCCUACAAGGACUUGCUACGACUACAAGUUGUAAGCAAAGCAAUGUCUCGAACCAUCAACCCACAAAUCGCUUCAGAAGAGGAAAAGAUUGCCUUAGUUAUCGCAGCAGAAAAGGACUUCGAAGCGAACUACAAGAAGAAAGAGGAUGCCCACUGGAUGGUCGGAUACGGAUGCUAUGUGUGCUAUCGAGUCAUUGACAGCAGCGAAUUUGCAUUUGAGCAGUAUUGUACUCAUUUUCCAACACAUCUACGCCGUUACUGUAUUAAUUGCGGUUUGGAAAGAGGCUAUUACCAACCAGGAGAUACUUUGAAGAAGCGGGACCAGACUGAUAUUUGGAUCUGCAGAUGCAAGCAAAUCAACGACAAAGCAACAACGAUUUUCUGUAAUCGUUGCGCAAUGAACAUGCCUUUGAGGAAGCGCGAGGAACAGUGCGUGGCGUGA